AUGACUACAUCACAUUUAAAUGAUGACUGCAUCUUUUACAUUCUAAAAUUCCUUCAAAACGAUCGUUCAACACUUUUUAAAUGUUUACAGGCAAAUAGAUUUUGGUGCGAAAUCACAAUCCCUUUGCUUUAUGCAAAUCCUUUUGCAAGGUUAAAAGAUGAUAAGAAAUAUUUAAUCAUCAAAACCUUUCUUUCAUGUUUAAAUGAAAAUGAAACAUCAUACUUGUUAAGAUUGAAUGAUGAUUAUAAAAUACCAAAUCUAAAAGAUUUAAUCAUCAAUGAUGUCCGACCCAUUUUUGAAUAUCCUAAACAUAUUAAACAACUUUUAACAGGUGAAUUGCAAAGUGCGAUUGGUCAGUGGACUAAUAGAUAUAUUGAUAAAAAAUCCAUUCUAAUUUAUGAUUUAUUACAAUCAUUAACCGAAGUUUUUUAUCAUAUGUUUUUGAGACAAGGUGUUCAUCUUAAUCAUUUGGAAAUUUAUCCAACUAUCUUUAAAGCUGAAAUAUUUGAUCAUCUACUCAUUCCAAACCUUUUUAAAUUAUCCACAUUAACUUUAUCAACUUGUGAUGAUACAUCGGAGUUUAAGAGGGGAAAUAUCUCGGAUUUCUUGAAGAUCGUCGCAAAGAAUUGUAAAAGUAUCAAUCAAUUAAAUUUAAAACAACCAGAAGUUUAUAAUUCAAAUGAGUUGGCAUCGAUCAUCAAAAGACAAAAGGAAUUAAAGGAAUUCAUUUUCACUCAUUCCAAGAAUGUGUUUAAAAAUAUUUUCUCCUCAUUAGAAUUUCAAAAACAUUCCUUGGUUACUUUAAAAUUUCGUUACGUCAAUUUUCAUAAAUUUAUCCUACAAAGCAUAAUCAAUUUAUAUAAUUUAAAGGGGUUAGAAAUUAAUUCUUGUCAUGGAAUGACGUUGGAAAUUUGUAAAAUAUUUCAUCUCGCUAAUUUUAAACUUAAAGAAUUAAUCAUAUUGGGUAAUAAUUGGGAAACAAAUAUAACCAUAACAAUCAUUAAAUAUUUAGGUAUAUCAUUACAACAGUUAAGGAUCAUCAAAAUUACGAUGGAACUUAUGGAAAUAAUUUCUCAAUAUUGUAUAAAUCUUGUUACUUUAUAUAUUUCUUUAGAGUAUAAUAUCAAUCCAUCAAUAUUUCCUUAUUUUAAAAAUUUAAAAAUCAAAAAUCUCAAUAUCAUGCCUCAAUAUAUAAGCUCUGAAGAUGGUGAAUUAAUAACUUUAGAUUUAGAUAAAUUGGCGACGAAUUUUUCAAAGGAUGUAAUUAAAGUUUCUUUAUUUUCAUGUCGAUUUAUGAAAAAAGAAAUUUUGUCAAGUUUUGUAAAUAGUUGUCCUAAUCAUAUCAUUACUUUGAAUUUGAGGAAAAAACUUGAUACGGAAUAUCUUGAAAUCAUUUUAAAUUAUAUCAAGAAAAAAAAUAAUAAUUUGAAAUUUUUAGGAUGCUUUGGGUUGGAUAAAAUUCCAAGUAAUGAAGAAUUGGAAAUGAUUAAUCAAAUUAAAGAAAAAGGAAUCAAGUUGGUUGAAUUUAAUGAGAUUUUAUAA